AGAUCUUAAGUUCGGUCACCCGCCCCCACCGUGCUGGCCCCCUCCUCGUUUGGACAGCCCUUUCACGUUUCUUCGUCCUGCGUUCACCUUUUCGUCACAAUACAUCUUUAUUCUUCAGUAGGAGUACAUCAGAAAAAAACUGCUUCACUGAACCUAGCGUUUUAUAACCUACUUCUUUUACGACGAACUUGCAACUUGCGUCUGUCUAAUUUGGAGAUAUCCUACCUCGUAGCUUCCUUCGAAGUGCUUUCUGUUUCCUCCCAUAGGCUACGAACACGAUACUGUUGCUGCGUAUACUUGGAUGAAAUAUGGACGAAUUCAAGAGCUGAGCCUAACGAAUGGGUGGCCAGGGAGAGGCACCGCAUCUGAGGAUGAGGCAGAGUGAGGGCCACACUGCCACCGACAGGCCGGGAGGUAAAAGCGCGGGCGUGAUCAUGGAGACGGGGGCCAGGUCCUCCCCUCAGUCAGCCGGCACGGGCACAGGGCCCCAGACGGUAGAACCCUCCGACAGCGACUCGGAGGAACGGGACGAAGGGGAGCGGCAGAGCGCGUUGCCCGUGGCCGCGAAUAGCACCGUAGGGGGAGCUUCAAUGGGCCAGCAGGAGGCGCCAGACGGUGGGUGGGGCUGGGUGGUGCUGGUGGCCAGCAUCCUGGUCCUGGCCCUCACCCUGGCCUUCCCGUCCUGCAUCGGCAUCUUCUACACCGACCUGCAGGCGGCUUUCCAAGCCAGCAACAGCGAGACUUCCUGGGUACCCUCCAUUAUGACGGCGGCGCUGCACGCAGGAGGUCCGCUGUGCAGCGUGCUGGUCGAGCGGUAUGGUUGCCGUGCAACAGUCAUGCUGGGCGGGGUCCUGAGUGGGUUGGGUAUGGCAGCCAGCUCCUUCACCAACAGCAUCAUGGAGCUUUACAUCACUGCCGGGGUCAUCACAGGGCUGGGGUUCUGCUUUAGCUUCCAGGCGGCGGUGACCAUCCUGGGCCAGUACUUCGUGCGGCGGCGCGCGUUCGCCAACGCCAUGUCCUCCACGGGCACCGCCAUCGGCCUGUCCACCCUGCCCUUCCUGGCCGAGUUCCUGCGCAGCCAGCUGGGCUGGAGGGGCAGCUUCCUGGUGCUGGGGGGCGUGCUGCUCAACUGCUGCGUGUGCGGGGCGGUCAUGAGGCCCGUCAGCCCCAAGUACGGGGGCCCCGCGGCGGGCCGAGCGCCGGAGCGCCGCCCCCCGCCCUCCGCCCAGACCAAGGGGGCGGGGCCGGGGGAGCGGGCGCGGGCGUGGCUGAGAGCCACGGCGGCCUUGCUGUCGCGGAACAUGGCCUUCGACCUGUUCUGCAGCAACCCGCGCUUCGCCGCCUUCUCCCUGGGCGUGACCUGGAUGAUGCUGGGCUUCGUGGUGCCGCUCAUCUUCCUGGUGCCCUACGCCACGACGCACGGCAUGGAGCAGGGCAGCGCCACGCUGCUGCUGGCCAUCCUGGGCUUCGUCAACAUCGUGGUGCGCCCGCCCGCCGGCCUGCUCUUCGGCCUGCCCUGGUUCCGCGGGCGCCACGUCUACGUCUUCUCAGCGGCGCUGCUGGUCAACGGGCUGAGCAACUCGCUGUGCUGCCUGGGGGCCAGCUUCCAGGUGCUGCUGGGAUACGUGCUGACCUACGGCCUGUCCAUGAGCGUGGUGGGCUCCCUGCUCUUCACCGUGCUCAUGGACGUGGUGGAGAUGAGGCGCUUCCCCGCCGCCCUCGGCCUUCUCGCCAUCAUGGAGAGCGUCACGCUGCUGGUGGGCCCGCCCCUCGCCGGCAUGGUGGUGGACCGCACGGGGGACUACACUUACAUGUUCUAUACCUGCAGUGCCAUCGUGGCCUCGUCUGCGCUCUUCAUCAUGCUGGCUUUUUACUGGCUGGACAGACGGGACAGGGAGCUGUCACGCCCCUCAAAUGCUGAAGUGGGUCCACAGAAGCCAGGGGUCACCCUCACACCAAACUGCCAAUAUAACAGCGUGCCGACAGGGGGGGGCCCGGCCCCCACCACAAAGACUGCUGACGUCAGCAGUGUGUGAACACGCACUUGUCGGUGCACACACAGAAGCACACACACACACACUUGCACACAGAUGCGCACAGAUAUACACGCAUGCACACAUACACACACUCACACAGACACGCAGACACGCAACGCUCACGCAUGCUCACACACGCGCACAAAAACGCACAUGUUUUUAGUGCACAAAUGUGCACUUCUGUGCAGACGGGUAGUUCAUUAGGAAAUCAUGCACUUUCACCUCCUCAGGCCACUGAAGAUCCGAGUGUCACUCACUGCCUUCAGGACUAAUUCUCACACUAUCUGAAAAUUGCACACCACCUGGAACCCUGCCCAUCGCACUCCUGGCCAAUCGCUGUGGGAAGUGGGCGUGGACUUCAGAGGUGGGACGCGGAAACACCCACCCCCCUCACUCCGACUGUCGGAAAGGAGCUUUCAGAUGCUACCCGACAUUCCGAACGGCAGUUCGCUUGAAGACCGCAGAAGCCUUGACCUCACGCGCAGGAACGUGGAAGUUGGUGCUCUGCUGUUACUCAAGCUGCGGUUGCACUGGUUCACAAGCAGAUAAAAACAUCCACGCUUGCACGCAGCAUAGAUUCUACAGCAGUGUAGAAUGAUAUGUACUGAAUUACUGUGUGUAUUACCAAAGUAAGAACAGAGGGAAAGCCUGUUAAACAAGUGGCUAAGUUCAGCUUUGUUGUCAUGGUGUUUACGAUCACCCAAGCCAACCCGACUACCAUCAGUUAAGGGGGAAAGAAAGGCAUUUCAGGAGUAAUUGUACUGCUUCCUCAAAUGUGACUGAUGUGACUUCCUCAAAAGAGAGCAUUUUUAAGUGAUUAUUCCACAGCCAAGUAGCCUGUGUUAUGUUAACAGGGGCCUAUACAUACAUAUAUAUAUUUAAUAUAUAUAUAUAUAUAUAUAUAUAUAUAUAUAUAUAUAUAUAUAUAUCGUAUUCAUAUAUAGGCCAAAAGUAUUAGGCCACCUGUGGUUAAAAAUAAUAACUUCAGGUAAAGAAGAUUUCAGUGAAUAUAUGUACAUUUACUGAAUAACGAAUUAAAGUAAAAACUUUUUUUCAGUUUCUAUGAACAAUAACACAAAUAGAUUAGAUUUUUAAUAUAAUCCUAGACACAACUUUCCUUGAAAUAGCCUUAUUUGGCCUUAAUUACAAUGAAACUACUUACUGGAAAUGUAUCAUUUUGCAAAGUGGGCAGUGGAGGGGUAAUUAAAUUGGCUCCACACAUCUAAGCCUAACUCCUUCUUUGCCAUAUUUCUGUUUUACUUGCAUUAAGUAUUGUGCUACUUGUGGUUGUACAUUUUUUUUAAGGUCGAUAAUAUUUCAGUCAGUUUAACUAGCCCUCCCACCCCUCCACUUCUCACUUUGUAAAAUAAUUGGAUAGACUUCAAUAAUUAAUUUAAUUGUAAUUAAACCCGAAGGAGGCUAUUUUGAUGAAAGUCAAGUCUAAGAUAGUUUAAGUCAUCUUUUAGUGUUACUGUAGGUAGAAAUUGGAAAAAAAGUUUGCACUUUGGUUUGUUAUUCAAUAAAUACUCAUAUAUUAACUGAAUUUGUCUCUACCUAAAUAAAAAAAAUGUUUUUAAACCACAUACUGAACAGCACUUCUGGCCUGUACUGUGUGUGUGUGUAUGGGUGUGUGUACAGUAUAUUAUAUAUAUAUAUAUAUAUAUAUAUUUGUGAGAGUGGAGUCCCCACAUUUUCAGUUAACGCGUGACUUACAGGUCUAACUGUUACUCUGGUGUUUCCUUUUGCUGGGAUGGUUCACAUAUAACAGAGCAACGUGUAUCUUGGUUUUAGCCUGUAUUUUAAUCAGUAGAGAUUUACAUUUGGAGUCAGAGGCAUCAUGAAGACCAGAGGACUAACUAUGGCUGAAAAACAACUAAUCUGUAAGCUGAGAGACCAGAGGAACUCAUUACAAAUGAUAGCAGAAACUGGGUAUAUCAAGUAUAGCGCUUUUGGAAAGUUUUGAAAAAUGAAGCCGUCACUGGUGGUCUCAGAAGUAAACACCGUACAGGUCGGUCAAGGAAGACAACUGCUGUUGAUGACAGAUGAAUCCUAAGAGCUGUGAAGGAAAAACCCUAAAACACCAGUCAGUGACAUCACCAGUCUGUGGGGGGUGCUGUUGGAUUCUGUUGUUAUGAAAUGUUCUAUUGCCAUUCCAUUUAAAAUCUGUACCGCUGGUUCUGCGAUAGGGGAUGAAUAACGUAAUUACAAAAGUAACGUUAUUUACCUUAGAUAAACAUUGGAUCGUGUGGCCCGCCCUCGUGGUCGUGUGCCCCCCCCCCCCCCCCCUAGUGGUUGUGGCCCUAAACAACCGCAUAGACCGUUUAUGCCACGGGCCGGCCCUGGAAAUAUGGAGCAGGUAGUGUUAUGACUUGAGCAUGUAUGGCUGCUUCUGGAAUGGGCUCACUCGUCUUCAUUAAUGAUGGAUGGUAACAGGAUGGCAGCAGUAGGGUGAAUUCUAAAGCGUACAGUCAGAUUUUUGUCGUCCGGCUUAUGUACAAAUAAAUUCCUCCAACCUCAUUGGCUGGCGCUUCAUCCUGCAGCAAGACAAUGACCCCUAACAUAUGUAUUUCACUUGCUGAAGUGUGAGGGUGAAGCUGAAAAUCCACCAAAACACGGAGCAACUGAAAGCGGUGAAGGUCCAUAAAAGCAUUUCCUUGGAGGAUAACGAACUUUAUGUGAUGUCAUUGGGUUGUAGACGUGAUGCAGCUAUUGAAUUUACGGGCCAUUUGCCCAAAUGCUUUGAUUUACGUUCAUCUGUUAGUUUUGCAUAGCUGAAAAUGGUGGGGACUCAACACAAAAACAGCUGGGUCUGUAAAAUGGUAAUACACGUGUACAUACCAUGGAAUAAAAGCUGAUUGUCUGUA